ACUACUAAUGUCUAUAAAAAUGUGAAUAUCUUUCAGAACUAUGACGCCGCUAUUGUACGUUCCGAUACAAAGAUCACCAAACAGGUUUUGGAAGCUGGCGCUGGCAGUUUGAAAGUUGUUGGUCGCGCUGGAGCUGGUGUAGAUAAUAUUGAUGUUCCUGCUGCUACAGAAAAUAAAGUGAUCGUAUUAAACACCCCGGGAGGCAAUUCAAUUUCGGCUUGUGAAUUGACAUGCAUACUAAUUGGUACUUUGGCACGUCCCGUUGUACCAGCCGUUCAGAGUAUGAAGGAGGGACGUUGGGAUAGAAAACUGUAUAGUGGCAGUGAAUUGUAUGGCAAGACAUUGGCUGUUUUGGGUUUGGGUCGCAUUGGUCGUGAGGUGGGCAUACGCAUGAAAACCUGGGGUAUGCGUAUUAUUGGUUAUGAUCCCAUUACAACAACCGCAGAAGCCAAGGCUGUGGGUAUUGAGAAAAUGGAAUUGGAUGAAAUUUGGCCUUUGGCUGAUUAUAUAACGGUACACACCCCUCUGAUACCAGCCACCAGAAAUCUUAUCUCCAGUGAAACCUUAUCGAAAUGCAAAAAAGGCGUUAAAGUUGUUAAUGUAGCACGUGGUGGUAUUAUUGAUGAACAAGCCGUUCUUGAUGCCCUUGAAUCGGGCCAAUGCGCUGGUGCAGCCUUUGAUGUUUAUGCCGAAGAACCACCCAAAUCGGAAGUAACCAAAAAAUUGAUUAACCAUCCCAAAAUUGUGGCCACUCCCCAUUUAGGUGCCAGUACUGGUGAGGCUCAAGUACGUGUAGCCGUCGAAGUAGCCGAACAAUUUAUUGCCUUAACAGGCAAAUCAAAAACCUAUACCUCAUACCCCGGUGUAAUUAAUCGUGAUGUCUUGGCUAAUUAUAAAUAGAUUUGUUAAUCUCUCUGUGGGGGGUUCAUGUCUAAGGGUCACUGAGCUCAGUACUGGCAAAAAAAAAACAAACAGCAAAAUCAUGAUUACGUUAGCUUUCAAGUUGCCUCUUCCAUUCAACUGAUGAAAUUGCAUCAGUUUUAUUUAUACUAAUUAUUUACUCGCACAUUUGAUUUUUUUUUAAAUUAUCACUAGUUUGUUGUUUAUUAUUAAAUUGUUUUCUUACAUUUCCAUUAAGUCCAUUUGUAAUAAAAAACAACAACA